GAGAUGUUUUUCUGUAAUGGAUUUUGUCUUAAAUGAUGUCCUAAGCCAAUUUCUUUACAAUACGCAUACAGAGAGUGCAUUUGAUUAAAAGGGGGAUUUACAGAGAGGGUCUGCUGUCCACGUCAGCCUUGCACCUUCCACUUUCCCAAGAAGAGAUCGCUGCCACAUUAAAAGUCAGAGUCAGUUGGUGUACUGUGAUGUUAGAAGUAUGAAGCGUAACUUCUGUGGAUCCACACCUACCUCCGAAUGCACAGAAGUGUCGAAUCAACGUCAAAAGAAAAUGUAUCAGAAUACAAGAAUGGGUCAGUCAGAGAGCGGACAUGUUGCUUCGAGAGACUUUGAAACCAGAUCAGACGCAUGUUCAGGUCAGCAGUCAGCUGUUCCUCUGGCUGUGGUUGAGGAGAUCUUACUGAACCUGCCUGCACAUCAGGUGGUCCAAGUCUGUCGGUUGGUGUGUCAUGAGUGGAAGGAGCUGGUGGACAGUGCUGCACACUGGAGAGAGCGCUGUCGGACAGAGGGGUUCCAGCCGUAUAAUGCUUCCAGCCCCCCAGAGGACUGGCGCAUGUUUUACUUUCUAUCUAAGUUUAGACGUAACCUGCUCAAGAAUCCCAGAGCUGAUGAUGGACUUCAAGGAUGGGAGAUUGUACAGAAUGGAGCUGACCGCUGGGCGACAGAAAGGAACCAUAAACUGUUUCCAGACAACACAGUCACCAAAUGUUUUGUAACAUCUCAGAGUCAAUGUUUUAAGGAGCAGCUGAUUGAUUUGAAGAAAGAAGGCUACAGUGAUGCUUUCAUGGAUCAACAGCGACCUCAUAUCAAAAUAUCAGACUGGUAUACCCCACUCUCUGAUUAUGGAAGUCAGUAUCGGUUGUCUGUAGAGUUGCUUAAUCAGGAGAAGAAACGCAUCAGUACCUAUCAUCCUUAUAAAGUUUUCUUUCAGCAGGGGAAUGAUUAUCCAUGGUGUCAAAUUACCUACGUCUUUAGGAAUUAUGGACCUGGCGUUCGGUUUAUCCGUUUCACUCAUGGAGGGAUGGGAUGGUCUGGAAUACGGGUUACUAACAGUAGUGUGGAAAUCUGUCCAGCUGCAGAGAGGUUGCAAUGCACAAAAUCUAACUUGCUCAAGAAUCCCAGCGCACAAGAUGGACUUCGAGGAUGGAAGAUUGUAUGUAGUGGAGGUGACUGCUGGGUGAUAGGAGAAAAUAGGAAACCAAUUCCAGACUCGGUCACCAGAUCUUUUGCAACAUCUUAUGGGCUAUGUUUGAAGCAACAGCUGAUUGAUUUAAACAAAGAAGGCUACAGUGAUACUUUCAUGGAUCAAGUGCAACCUCAUAUCAAAAUAUCAGACUGGUAUGCCCCAUGCUUUGACAGUGGAAGUGAGUAUCAGAUCUGUGUAGAGUUGCUUGAUCAGAAGAAAACCCCCAUCAAAACCUUUCAGCCUGAGAAAGUUAUAUUUUCAUUUAGGAACAGUCAGCCGUGGUGUGAAACGAGCCACGUCUUUAAGAAUUAUGGACCUGGGGUUCGUUUUGUCCGUUUCACUCAUGGUGGAAACGAUACACAGUACUGGGCGGGUCAUUAUGGAAUACGGGUCACUAACAGUAGUGUGGUGAUCUAUCCAGCUGAUGAGAGCGAGAGAGGUGAAUGCAGGUCUAUGCAGAAACCACACGAUAAAGAUGGCUCAGAAAACAACAAGACGCCGUGCAAUGCCAAGUUGUUGAAAAACACAGUCUUUGCAUCGCCUUCCUUCUAAUCCAAACAUUAGGAAAGAGUGGAU